AUGAUGAUGAUCAUGAAGAAAACUCUUUUCUCCUCCUCCUCCUCCACUUUUUGUCCUCUAACCACCCUUUUAAUCCUCGUUUUCCUCCUCCGUUUCGCCCGCGAAAUCACCGGCCAAGACAACCUAAUCAACCAAACUUGCAAAACAUUUGCCAAAGCUGAUCCAAACAUCCAUUUCACUUUUUGCCAGACUACUCUCCAAGCUGCGCCAGCCAGCCAUUGCGCUACCCUCCGCGGGCUAGGGAUGAUUAACCUACGGUUGAUCCGUUACAAUGUCACCGACACGCGGUGCCACGUCAAACAACUCCUCAAGAACAACCCUAGGUUGGAUCCUUACGUCAAGAAUUGCUUGAAUGAUUGUUUCGAUCUGUAUUCGGACGCCAUCGAUUAUUCGAAGCAAGCCAUGAAAUCCUACAACUCGAAGAAGUUUGACGAUGCUAACGUCCAGAUAAGCGCGGUUUUGGAUGCAGCCACAACUUGUGAGGAUGGUUUCAAGGAGAAGAAAGUGCAUUCUGAGAUCGAUGAAGUUGAUCAAUUUGAAUGA